AUGGCGAAAUGCUUCCUGCUGCUCGCCUUCUUGGCGUUUCUCCUGCCGGCCGCCUACGCGACGUGCCACGCUGACCACCUCCAAGCGCCGCGGGGCUUCGCCGGGAAGAGCAAUAGAAGAACACUCCAACAACAACAACAACCAAACACCAUUACUGGGACAAACAACAGUGUCAGAUCUGGGAGUGGCAACAUUGUAUCUGGGAGCGGCAACACUGUCGUAUCUGGGGACAACAACAAUGUUUCUGGGAGCAACAACACAGUCACAUCUGGGAGCAGCAAUGUGAUAGUUGACACCAACCAUGUCGUAACUGGGAGCAACAAUACUGUAUCCGGCAACAACAAUAGGGUAACUGGGAACAAUAAUGUUGUAUCAGGGAGCAACCAAGUUGUGUCUGGGGACAACAAAGUCGUAACUGGCUAA